AUGUCGCUCUCCGGAGACCGGUCCAACUCCACCCUCGCUGGGAACUUCUCCUCCAGCGAUUCCACCCCCGGGGACCUCAGCUUUCAGUGGCCAGCGUACAUUAUCUUGUCCUUGGUCAUCCUGCUGGGCGUUCCCGGCAAGGGCGCGGCCGUCUGGGUGUCGGGCUUCAAAAUGAAGAGGAACGUCCACACGGUGUGUUUCCUGAACCUGGCUGUGGCGGACCUGACCUACUGCCUCAUCCCGCCCUUCCUGGUGGCCGCCUUCGUGGAUCAUUUCUGGCCCCCAAAUCCCAUCCUCUCCAUGUUCGGCUCCCGCGCCGUCACUCUCAACAUGUCCGCCAGCACCUUCCUGUUGACUCUGAUCAGCAUCUCUCGCUGCCUGGCCGUCACUCGGCCCAUCUGGUUCCGCCAACACCUGCGCCUGGCUUGGGUGGGUGCUGCCUGCUUCAGGGCCUGGGGUCUGGCCUUCCUCAUGUCCCUGCGCCACUUGCUGAUUGAGCAGAUUGUUCCGUAUCUCGGGGACCAUACCUGGGCUGUCAACGGGGUAACUUGGGCCGUCUUGAGCUGCGGCCUCCCGGUUCCGAUCAUGACCGCCUGCUACAUCCUGAGUGGCCGGCGGCUGCUCGGGGACCAGUUCGCCAAGUCCAGGAAGCUCGUCCGCCUCAUCGUGACUGUGGUGGCUGCCUUUAUUGUCUACUGGCUCCCCAUCACUGUUUGCCGCCUUUUCAUGGCCUUCUCCCCACGCAUUAACUUGGACUUGAUAGUCCUCAGAUUCGGUCCGGCCUCUCUCAACAGCGGCCUCAACCCCCUUCCCUACGUCUUCGUCGGCCGCGACUUCCCCCAGGUCUUCAGGCGCUCCAUGGCCGCCUCGCUCCGACUGACCUUCGCCGAGGGUCCCAGCGUACUGAAGGCAUGGCAUUGGGUGACGGAGCAGCGGGAUGGGCAAUGGGCUGGAGAGGGGGGCUGGGCAGCUCUGAACUAA